AGCACACAGAGAGACAGAGAGACAGAGAGACAGAGAGGCUAUAAAGGGGCACCUGGGGGCCUGACUCCCGACGCGGUCCUCUCCACCCUCGAAAUCUAAACCUAAUGGCGGAGCCCCUGCUUUUGGAUGGGAUUCCAAACUCUCCUCCGGCCGUCGAAGCCAAUCCGGAAGAUCUUAUUCCAGACACAAAAGUGGGCACUGGCCUAAAUAUUUUCGCCUGUCCUGUUUGUUAUCAUUCGUUCAUCGAUCAAAGUGAUUCAAGCCUAAGCAUAACAUCCCCAGCUGGGUCUUGUUUCGAAUGCCAUGCUUGCAAGAAAGCCUACCUCAACAACGGAAUAUAUCUUGAUCUCACAAUAGCCGGUGGCUUAAGGGAGUAUGAUCAAACUUUACCAUUCUUGACAAAAUUCUUUAGGGGCGCAUUGAUCUCAUAUCUUUAUGAGAGAGGAUGGCGACAAAGUUUUAGAUGGGGUGGUUUCCCUGGCCCAGAAAGAGAGCUUGAAAUGGCUAAAUAUUACCUGAGACCUGCAAAAGGAGGAACUAUUGUUGAUGCAAGUUGUGGAAGUGGCUUAUUUUCAAGGCUAUUUGCCAAGAGUGGAAUAUAUUCUCUUGUUGUUGCUUUAGACUUCUCAGAGAAUAUGCUGCAGCACUGCAAUAAAUUUAUUAAGCAGGAGGGAAUUUCUAAAAAAAACUUGAUCUUGGUCAGGGCUGACAUCUGUAGACUUCCAUUUGUUUCAAGUUCCAUUGAUGCUGUGCAUGCUGGUGCCGCACUACAUUGUUGGUCUUCGCCAUCUGCUGCUGUCGCAGAAAUAAGUCGAAUACUCCGCCCUGGAGGUGUAUUUGUCGCCACAACAUUCAUUUUUGAUGUCAUUCCCAUUGCUGUUCCAGUCUUGAGGAUGCUACGCAAGUUUUACAUUGGAAACUCAAGCAACUAUAUUUUUCUGUCAGAAGGUGAACUCAAAGAUCUUUGCGAAGCAUGCGGCCUAGUAGGUGUUACAUGCAUCAGGCACCGUCUCUUUGUUAUGAUCUCUGCCAUCAAACCAAACUAAUCAUCCAGUUGAUCUCAAGCACUAUGUUUAUCAUCAGUACCCAUUUAUCUCCAUCACAAAUCACUUCGAAGUCGCAUUGUUGUUGUUUGUUUGUUGUCUUUCUAGGAAACUUAAUGCUGAUUAAUUUAUCACUACCGCAAGAGAUGAUCACAACCCAUUUCAUCUGCAUCUUGUCUUCAAAAGACAUGUUUAUGUUGAUGAGUAGGAUGUAUUGAUAAGGGAUUUCGAUGCGUUGUUUGAAGGGUAAUAAACAAGGAUUAAUUAAGGUAUGCAGCUGUUUGGUUC